UUGAUGUUGCAAACCUAAGCACAGCCAUCCGGUAUAAUUUGAUAGGUUGUUGCUCCAGUUUAAAAGAGAAAUGUUAACCAUAAUAGAAGGCUCAGUCAGAGAUUGUCCUGAAUUGAGCAGCAAGGGUAGCAUAUGUGGAGAAAUCAUCUUAAAUGACCUGUAUUAAACCCUCUGGGAACGUUGCUUGUACAAAAUAUCUAUCAUAAAAGAAUAAAGACACAAUUCUGCAGAAAAUGUUUCCAGGGCAAAGAAAGGUAUUUCAGCACACCAACCUCAGGAGAAACCGAACAACAAAAAUCAUAAAUUUUUACAUUCUUAUUGUAAUCAUUCUUGUGAUAGGCCUUUUUCUGACAGCAUUAAACUUCCAUGAGCUCCAUAAUAUAAGGCAAGAACAUCACUUCAACAUCAAGCAAAGAAUGUCUUCAUUAACAUUUGAGGCAGCUAAGCCUAUUGUAUGGAUCAGAGAGAAGCCUAAUACUAAAAGUAAUGGCCCAGAAGGAUACUUGAAGCACAUCUACCACAUGUUUGAAAAACUGGGCUUCCAGUUUGGUGGACAGUGGUCAGAAUGGGUGGUUUUGUGGAGCCAUGAUUAUCCAUUCUCUUCAUCCCAGCAAGAUGUCUUACAAAAUCUGUCGCCCUUUCAGAAAGUAAACCACUUUCCAGGUUCUGGCCAUAUCACCAGUAAAGUCAACUUGGCACAAACAGAUCUGGAUUUCAUUCCCAAAGCUUUUGAGAUGCCUAUCAGAAAACGGCAGUUUUUAGAAUUUGCUUCAAGAUAUACAAAUUUUAGCUGGAUUCAGAAACAUAGUCAACACAGGGGCAUUGAGGUGAAGCCGUUUGAAAAGUUAGAAUUGUACAAAGCAAAUAUAUUUAUCCAGGAAUAUAUAUCUAACCCAUUUCUCAUUGAUGGUAGAAAGUUUGACAUUGGAAUAUAUACUGUUCUCACAUCCAUUGAUCCGUUAAGAGUUUAUUUUAUUGAUGGAGAAGCUUUGUUUCGAUUUUGCCCUGAGGUAUAUUAUCCAUUUAAUAGCUCAAAUCUAGAUAAGUAUGUGAUUAGGAACCUCUACAAACCCUUGUGGGAAAUGCCCUCUUUAUCAGACCUGUAUGUGAAUCAUGGCUACACAUUUAAGAAUUCUUUUGAUCAGCACCUAGUCAAUGUUGGUAAAGACCCAAACUUAAUCUGGGAAAAAAUCAAAUCAGCAAUAAGAGACGUUAUUCUAAUGAAAGAACCUGAGAUCAUUAAAGCUGUUGAGAAAUACAAUUCCAAGCGAAAUUUUUUUGAACUGGUACGUUUUGAUUUCAUCCUAGAUGAAAACCUGAGAAUUUAUAUGAUGGAAGCCAACAUGUCGCCCAACUUAUCCUCUGAUCACUUUCCUGGUAAUGCUCGUCUUUACGAACACGUACUCUUUAACCUGCUUGGUCUUGUUGGGAUAGAAUAUUACACAUCAGAACAAAACCAUCUGGCUCACGAGAACACAAUGUAUGUCACCUCACAGGACACCCAAGUUUUCCCAGAGUACUGUCAGGCCGAGAUGUGUAACGCCAACUGUCAGCCACUUGUCUGUAAGCUCUGCAAACAUUGUAUAACUGGAGAGCUUCAAAUUGAUAUUAAGUCUGCUUACUUAGAACACUUACAUAGGGGCACAGCUAGAAGAAUAUUUCCUCCAUCCAUAUUGCCAGUUGAUGCUUUGUCAUGGAAACCAGACUUUCCUUUGCCAUUGGGGGACAAGCUGAAUUUAAAAAACCGGCUUAUGUACAUUUGGUUUCUGGGCAAAUGUCGGCUGGACCCUGGAUGGUGUCAUUAAAUUUUUGUUAAAUCAGA